AUGGCCCUCGACAUCACAGGGAAGACUGCCCUGGUCACCGGCGGCGCAUCCGGAAUCGGCCGCGAAUUCGUCAAGAAGCUGGUAGCUGGAGGUUGUAAUGUCACCAUUGCUGAUUUAAAUCCUGGUCCAGACGAUAAUGGAGUCGGUGAUACUGCGUCAACCGCACUUACUCCUGGCCAGACCAUGUUUGUUCAGACCGACGUUACAAACUGGACAGAGCUGCAGAAUGCAUUCGACAAGACGAUCGAGCAGUUCGGGCGCCUUGACAUCGUCUGUCCUAGUGCUGGUGUAUUCGAGCCACCAUCCUCAAACUUCUGGCACUUCAACAAGGGAACCGACACAAACGCAUCAUCCAGUUUCAAAACCCUCGACAUCAACAUUACCCACCCCAUCCGCGCGACCCAGCUCGCCAUCAACUCAUUCCAGCGCCAAAAGCUCAACCAUGGCGCCGUAGUCCUAAUAUCCUCUAUCUCAGCACAAGCCGCCGUCCUCCCCGCCCCGAUGUACGCAGCAAGCAAGCAUGCAAUCUCAGGCUUCGUGCGCUCCCUCGCAAACCUCGAACCUCGUCUUAAUAUCCGCGUGAAUGCCGUUGCGCCGGGGUGCGUGAAGACACCGCUGUGGACGGCUGAUAAGCUAGCGUGGGUGGAUGAAGACGUGGAUACAUGGGUGACCGCUGAGCAAGUGGCGCAGACGAUGCUUGACCUUGUGACGAAGGCGGAGAAUGUGGGCGGGACGGUUCUGGAGGUUGGUGUUGAUGAGGUCCGGUCUGUCCAGGAGCUGAAUGAUCCUGGCCCUAAGGGCCGUGGACAUACAGUACACAACAUUGCUGGGGGUGUGACGAAUGUUUAUGGGCUUAUUGAGCAGAAUUUUGGGGUUUGA